AGAAACUAUAUGGGCUUUAAGUGGGCCUUAAUUAUCUAUUAUUCAGAUAUUUAUUUCUCUUUCAGUGGGCCUUAACUUAUGUAUGCUUCAAAAUCUUAUUUUAGCAGUAGAAUCAUCAAUUACACUAUCAUAUAAUCUCAAAUUAACUGAAAUGUAUAUGAUAUAGAUGAAUUUUUUUUUACAUAUAACAGUUCUAUAAAGGAGUUCCCCUAGAACAUUCGGAUCUAGAGACAGUUGAAAAGAUUUUUUUCACAUAAUCCACAAUACUAAUUUUAACCAGAAUUUAAUAGUUAAAUUUGCAAUAUUCAGUGAAUGAAAGGUAAAAAUGUAAAACAAAACUUUUAUAUAUUAGCUGAAAAAUAAAUAACAUUACCCCAAUGUAAUAAAUAAUAAUGUUUGCGACUUUCCAUAUAUAGUAUUGUUCUUUUAGUUACAUCACAGAUUCACAAUAAAGCUGUUUUGGCUUUUUUUACUGCAAAGCAGUAUAGUACUCAACCAUGCAUAAGUUUAUACAUGAUCUUCUCAUCUGUUUCAUACUUGUCAAUAAUAAUCCACUGUGAGAUUCCUCUUAUGCCUCCUCGCAGCUGUUUACUUUCUCAUCUCUUAAUCAAUUCCUCGUUCAGCAAUAAAACUAUCUAUCAAAAUCAUAUUUAGCAUAGUUUCACUUUAUCCCACACAUCCAUGCCUCCAAGACCCAUACUAUUCAUAGGUUUAUCAUAAAAGCUGGGAAACCGAACGUUUUAUAUGGAAAUAAUACACAGACUUGUGGAAGCAAAGCUAUAAUAUUCCUAAAGACAGAAAAUGUAACAUAGCCUCAUAUUAUUUCCUUAAAUCCCAAAAAUAGCAACGCAACUCAUGUCUAUAUUAACCCUCCCAUCAAGAUCUUUCUAGCCAUUUGUUCAAACCUUUGUAAAAUUUAAACACCAAAAACCCAUCCCAAAAAAGAACCAUAGCUAGAAGGGGCCUUAUAGCCAGAGUUGCAGGCCCCGUCUGCCCCAUUUCUAACAUGUUAAAAACACAUUAAUUGCCUCUUUCGGCCUUUUGAGUUUUGUGUAUAAAGAAAACCACAAAGAAAUGGCGUUGGAUGAGGACAAGAAACAGAAAUGCCUCGUCGCUGGUAGUGUCUCGGCUGUGCUACUGAUUAUGGUUGUCUCGGUAGCUGUCAUAACAUCUAAAAACUCACCCAAUGAAAAUCAGAUCAGGCAAGCCACCAAAGCCGUUAAAGCAGUUUGUGCACCUACUGACUACAAAGAGAUAUGCCUCAAAAGUAUAAUGGACGCUUCUCCCAACUCCACAGAGCCUCUCGAACUCAUCAAGCUUGCCAUCAACGUCACUAUCGAAUCCAUCAACCAGGGCCUCAAGAAAGCCUCUAUAGAUGUUAAACCCAAGACUGAUGAAGACCCAGAAGCAAAAGAUGCUUUUGAGCUAUGUGAGAAGCUAAUGUUUGACGCUAUUGAUGAUCUUAAAAAAUGUCUUAACCGUGGGUUCUCAGCUGCUCAAAUUGUAGGCUUUGUUGAGGAUCUUCGGGUUUGGCUAAGCGGCGCCAUUGCUUUCCAGCAAACCUGUAUAGAUUCCUUCAAGGAGAUUAAGUCUAAUACUCUUAUGAUUGACAUGCGCAAAAUCUUCAAACCAUCAAAAAGGCUUACCAGCAAUAGCCUCGCCAUGGUUACUGAACUUUCCACCAUUCUCCCAAAUUCCAACACCACAGGACUAACAAAAGCUCUUUCGAAAUACGCCAGAAAGCUUUUGAAUACAGAAGAAGAUGGUAUCCCAACAUGGGUUAGACCAGAGGUACGGAGGCUCAUAGAAGAAGAAGCACCACCAAUAGAAUUAGAACCACAACCACCACCACCACCACCACCAGCGAGAACUGAUGCGGUGGUGGCUCAAGACGGAAGUGGACAGUUCAAGACCAUCGCCGAGGCUCUAAACUUUGUUCCCAAAGACAACAGUCCAUUCAUCAUCUACAUCAAAACGGGUAUAUACAAGGAGCAAAUAAAGAUCACAAAGAAAAUGCCUUACGUCACUAUGAUAGGUGAUGGACAAAACUUGACCAUCAUUACAGGCAGCCUCAACUUCGGCAUCGGAAGAGUCAAGACUUUCCUAACAGCCACAGUCACAAUCGAGGGGGAGCACUUCACAGCGAAGGCCAUCGGGAUCGAGAACACAGCAGGACCAGACGGACGCCAGGCGGUGGCGAUGAGAGUCUCAGCGGACUACGCCGUGUUCUACGAAUGCAAAUUCGACGGUUACCAAGACACUCUAUUCGUCCACUCCCAACGCCAGUUCUACCGCGACUGCACCGUCACGGGAACCAUAGACUUCGUCUUCGGCGACGCCAAGUGCAUCCUCCAAAACUCCGUGAUCGUCUUCAGAAAGCCCAAGAAAGGCCAGACGUGCGUCGUCGCCGCUCAGGGGCGCAGCGACAGGCACGAGUCCACUGGGCUGGUGUUCCAGAACUGCCACAUAACGGGGGAUGAGGAGUACAUGGCGAUGAGACCCGCGAAGAAGUCUUUUCUAGGGAGACCGUGGAAACGGUUCUCGAGGACGAUCAUGCUGAUGUCAGCGCUGGAUGACGUGAUCGAUCCGGACGGGUGGCUUCCCUGGAAAGGUGAGUUUGCGCUGAAGACGCUGUACUUCGCCGAGUAUCUGAGUGGUGGGUUUGGAGCGAAUGAUAGCCUUAGAGUUAAGUGGCCUGGUGUCAAGAAUAUAACGGCUGAAGAUGCGCAGUUAUAUACUGGAGGUAGGUUCUUAGGUGGUGACUCGUGGAUCCCUCACACCCAAGUUCCUUACAUUGCCAACUUGUAGGAGAUUUUUACAAUUUGUACAUGUGUGUGUUUUUUUUUUAAAUGUGUUCUACUGAAACUGUGUUAGAGUGAAGUAGCUAAGUUGAACUGAUUAGUGAAUAGAAAUAAUUAAAUAGUGUAUGAUGUUUAAUUUAUUGAUAGUUUAGUUUACAGUUGCGAGUAUUUAGAAUUUUGAAAAUAUGUGGAUCACUUCUGUUUUGAGAAAUACAUUCAGGCAAAAAUACUUUAACAUUUGAGUUUAGAAUGUAGAAUUAGGUUUAAUAUUUUUGAUUGAAUGUGAUAAUCAAACUUAUGGCAUUUCAAUCAAUUUAUCGUAUAAAUAUUUAUAUAUAAUUUGAUUUGUGUCUUUUAAAUUUUAAUUUGCUUUGUUUAAUGAAUAUUCAAUAUUAAUAUUUUACUUUGAUCCAUAAAAUUUAGGAUAUCUAUAUUUUCUGGAUUAAAUCGAAAUAUCAAAUCAAUUUUGCCAUGAGUAAAAAGAAAUAUAUUCAAUUUUGCCAUAUUUUGUCCACCAUUCGGACAACAGUCUUCAGUUCAGACAUUAAACGUAAUCUUAUUCGAACAUUAGGAUGAUUAUUCAUACAAAUUCACGUUCUCUCUUCUACAGGAUUUAAAUAAAGAGAGACUUUUACAAAGAAACAUGAAUCUUCUUUGUUUUGUUCUCAUCUCAUCUGAAGCAUUAGCAACUCCGGUUUCUCAAUAUACUCUUUCCACUGGCAACAAAACCGAGCCACCGUUGCUCCAUCUAGAACUCUAUGAUCCGCAGCUAUGUUAACCUGUUACCAAA